AAUAAAGAUGCGCUAGCCGAACGAAUUAUUAACGAUUCUCGGUUCGGUUCAGUUUAAUCUCACCUUUAUGCGAUUACUUUUCUUCAGAAGAAUGUCGUUUGUAGAUCUCGCGUCACUCCGCAUAAAGUACAAAUCGGAGAAAGAGAUCUUUCUAGAAUCCAGCAUCGAACGAAAGGAACCGAUAAGUCUGUUCCGGAAAUGGAUGCAAGAGGCAUGCGACACUCCAGAAAUUAUUGAACCGAACGCGAUGUGCUUGGCAACAGCAACAAAAGAUGCUGUUCCUUCGGCCCGGUUUGUUCUGCUCAAAGACGUGACCGACGAUGGGUUUACCUUCUUCACAAACUACGAAAGCCGCAAAGCGGAUGAGCUAACAGAGAACUCCAACGUAGCAUUGGCAUUCUACUGGCUUCCGCUUAGACGUUCGGUGAGGAUCGAAGGAAUAGCGGAACGUGUUUCACGGGAUGCCUCAGAGGCGUAUUUCCACACCCGUCCCCGUGCUAGCCAGAUCGGUGCGGUGGCCAGUCCGCAGAGUAAACCGAUCCCGAACCGUGAAUUUCUCGAUAAGAAAGAGAGAGCGCUCAAGGAAGAACUGGGUCCAGACGCUGAAGUGCCGCUACCCAACUGGGGCGGUUAUUUAGUUCGCCCGAAGGCCAUAGAGUUUUGGCAGGGCCAAACCAACCGUUUGCACGAUCGCAUUCGUUUCCGGAAGGCACUCAAAGUAGAUGAACGCGUCGACGGUGUGCUGCUUCAUCAAGGGGAAAGUGAUUGGGUUUACGAACGUUUGGCACCAUAACCGUGCUUACCGUUGCGACGACAUAGAAAGUCUUCCAUCUGUUGCAGAUCUUUCGGAUAGAAUAUUAAAAUAGCGACAUUGUUGGCCUAUACCCUAGUCUUUAUUUAACCGUCUUAUCUUGCAGUACCUCCCAGUCUCAGAGAAACGGAAGUCUUAUGCACCAUAUGUUAUUGCAAUAAAAGUUAAAAAUUAUGUGCGGCUCCCAUUUGAGCUGGAUUGCAAUAUUGAUUUUGGAGAAAACGACGUCAUUGAAUGCGGAUGAGCCCUUAGCUUCUAUUUGUUUUAGGUGCUUCGUAGUAAAGAUUUACAAGUCUUUUUGUUGUUAUCAGUUUAGAAAGUAAGAUCCUCUAAUCGAUAAGUUAUUCUUAACUUUGUGAACAAUGAGAUUUCGUGAACAAAGUUAUUAUUAAUGAGUAAAAGCACGGAAAUUGAAAAUAGAAAUAUUAUGGCUGCAUACAUUUCUUGGACAGUUUGUAGAACAUAUUUUUAAUUUGAA